GUGCCUCAGUUUCCCCGCCCGUGUCCAUCACCGCGGUCCCGCCCCUCAGGAGGGCUUUGCCUUUUCCAUGGCGACCGCUCCAAGGACGAGCCCCGAGCGCCCCCGGAGCGGCCCCGGCCGCCGCUGCGGGGCAUUUCUGGGAUUUUUGGGAAUUUUCCGGGGGGGCUGAAGGAGUUCCAUCCCCCCAUCCCCCCCUUCCCCCCCAAAAAAAAACCCAAAAAAACGCCUGGAAAAAAAACCCGGGAUUUGAACCGCCCUGCUCGCACCGCCCCGGCAUCGCCUCUCCACCGGGAAUUCUGCGCUAUUCCAGCCUUCCCACCGGGAAUUCUGCGCUAUUCCAGCCUUCCCACCGGGAAUUCUGCGCUAUUCCAGGGUUUUUUCCUCGGCCGUCAAUGAGGCGUCACCAUGCUGACCAGCCUGACCGACGGCUUCCUCUGCUGCCUGCUGGGCAAGACGCCCAACGCCGUGGGGCCGCUGGACAGCGUUGAGUCCUGCGACGGCUUCACCUUCCUGGAGGUGAAACCCGGCCGCGUGCUGCGCAUCCGCCACGGCGUUCCCGAGCGCCGCGACCCGCCGGCAUCCCCGGGGCCCGCCGGAUCGCCGGAGCGGCCGGCGCUGCGCUGCCAGCGCCGCAUCACGCUCUACCGCAACGGGCAGCUGCUGAUCGAGAACCUGCCCGAGGCCACCGGCCCCGGGAGCCCGCGGCGACCGCGGCCCGAGCCCGACGGCGAGUCGGGAGCGCCAGAGGCCACCAAGGAUGGCACGGCCACCAAGGACGGCACAACCACCAAGGAUGGCACAGCCACCAAGGAUGGCGUGGCCACCAAGGACGGCACAGCCACCGCGGCCACCAAGGACAGCACAGCCACCAAGGACGGCGCGGCCACCAAGGAUGGCACAGUCACCAAGGACGGCAUGGCCACCACGGCCACCGCGGCCAAGCGCCGCAAGCGCAAGCCCAAGAGGGUGGUGACGGUGGACUGCAAGAAGCGCAUCACCAGCUGCAAGGGCACGCACAGCGACGUGGUGCUCUUCUUCAUCCAUGGCGUCGGCGGCUCCUUGGACAUCUGGAAGGAGCAGCUGGAAUUCUUCUCCAAGCUGGGCUACGAGGUGGUGGCACCGGAUUUGGCGGGGCACGGCGGCAGCUCGGCGCCGCCCGUGGCCGCCGCUUACACCUUCUACGCGCUGGCCGAGGACAUGAGGGUCGUGUUCAAGCGCUACGCCAAGAAAAGGAACAUCCUCAUCGGGCACUCCUACGGGGUGUCCUUCUGCACCUUCCUGGCGCACGAGUACCCGGAGCUGGUGCACAAGGUGAUCAUGAUCAACGGGGGCGGCCCCACGGCGCUGGAGCCCAGCCUGUGCUCCAUCUUCAACCUGCCCCCGUGCGUGCUGCACUGCCUGUCCCCCUGCCUGGCCUGGAGCUUCCUCAAGGCCGGCUUUGCCCGGCAAGGUGCCAAGGAGAAGCAGCUGCUGAAGGAGGGCAACGCCUUCAACGUCUCGUCCUUCGUGCUGCGCGCCACCAUGAGCGGCCAGUACUGGCCCGAGGGCGACGAGCUGUACCACGCCGAGCUGGCCGUGCCCGUGCUGCUGGUGCACGGCAUGCACGACAAGUUCGUGCCCAUCGAGGAGGACCAGAGGAUGGCCGAGAUCCUGCUGAUCGCCUUCCUGAAGGUGAUCGACGAGGGCAGCCACAUGGUGAUGCUGGAGUGCCCGGACACGGUGAACACGCUGCUGCACGAGUUCGUGCUCUGGGAGCCCGACACGCCCGCGGCCCGCGGCGACACCAAAUGAGGCCCGGCGACACCGGGACAGCGGCAGCUCCCGCGGGAGAGGCGGGCUCCGGUUCGCGUCCCGGGGCCGAGCGAGGAGGCUCCCCCCGGCUGGACGGCAGCGCCGGGACACGGAGCGCGGCGAGUCCCCAACCCCAGG